UAUAAUUAUAAAGUAACAAUCAAGUAAAAUAUUCAUUCAUUUCUUAUUAUGCAGAAAACAUAACACAUAUUCGAGAGAAUUGGAAGUAGAUUUUAGUACAUAUGGGUCUUAUAAAUUCGAAGAAACAUCAAACCUCUAUAGGGAACUCUCUGAUCUGGCGUAAUUACGUAAGCACCGAAAAAUCUAUUGUCCACUCUACGUGUAGCUUCGAUGAUGUUCGUGAAGAUAAAUUUAAGAAAAAUUGGAAAUUAAUAAAAAUGAUCGAGACAAAAAUCUUUACUUUGCAACACCCGAAAGACGAUUCUUUCGAAUGUUUGGACAGUGAAAGUGAAAAAUCGUAUCCUAAAUGGAAAAACACCAAGUAUUGUCAUUGGAAAGAAAUCGGCUCGGCAGAUAUACGGGAUAGCGCUUACUAUCCUGAAAAGGAUAUAAGAAAACAGGAAUAUAUCCGGUGCGAGGUGAAGAGGAAGAACAAAAAACAUUCGAAAACGAAUGUUAGAUACGAACCUACAGACAAAGGUAGACAAUGCGAUAGAUAUUCGGCAUUCUUGUACAAAAAGCCUCGCAGAUCAAAAUCAAAAAAUAUGAAUCGAACAGAUUAUGUUGAAAAAUAUAUUGCAAGAACAAAGAAACCAUUUAAGAAUGAAGAUGAGGAUUGUUCAACCGCUAGAUUGUCACCCGACUCUCUUGUCAUUCCCAAAUUUCACGACAGUCCAUCAUCCAAACCAGGAGCGAAUCCCAUACUACGAAAGAAUCGUGAAUCUAGAAUCGAAGUAACUCCGAGUUUGAUUCAAAAUGGUAAUUCUUUAUUCUUUGAUGGGAAAUUUGUUAAAAAACCAGGAAGAAAAUCGAAAUUGAGUAAAUCGUUGGAACAAUUAUCUCGAAAGGACGAUAUUGUUACAUCUGUGGAUUCUGUAGAGCAAACACUUCCGAAAACAACUAAUGUAAAGAAAUUACCAUCGGAAGACGAUGAUAGAGAAGUACUCGAUGCAUCAGCGACAAAAGUAAAAUUUCCUGCUGGCGUAAGUGUUAAAUAUUGUUUAAGAUAUAGAGAGAUUUCAAGGUCGUAUAUCACGUGAUAAAACGCACGUUUGCUCCGCUCCUUCGCCAUGUUUGUGGUCUAGCUUCCGCUUGCUUAUCCUGUACGUGGUUUGUUAUUUGACAGGUUGGCAGUGCUAUUUUUUACUUUACUAUUUUAAUAGAACUAAACUAUUUUAACAUCAUUGACAAAGUUAAAAAAAAUGCUUUUCUGGCGGGCUAUUCUCCCAAUCUGACAGGACCAGAUGCUGCUUUAUAUGAAAAUAAACUUUAAUUAUGUUAAGGUGUCGAUCCAUACGAAGCCAGCAUCUUCGUUGUAAGUCAAGAGUUGUGGUGUAAAGUAGAUUUUGGUGACAUAAACUAUCUGGUUUUGGCGACAAAUUACUGUACUCGUUCAUAAAUGAAAAGCUUAAGUACUCUUUCAUAACGCUCCUGAAAUGCAGUUGGGUUGUGGCAUUCUCGUACACCAUGUUUAAUGUUGGCACCCAGUCUGAUGAUGAUGAUGAAUCUGCUAAGCGAUUAUCUUUGCUUAACACUUUAAUAUUAACUCUACCGUAUAUUUAUUACAAGAAGACACCAAGAAAGCAAAUCGAAAGGUGAAAAAUAAAGUUAGAACACAAUUAUUAUCUAUUUAAACUAAAAUUUAUUUUGUGGGUAUUAACAAAAGGAUUUGUGCAAUCGACUUGUACACGCUUUAUGAUACUCGUGCAAAAGUUUAUCUAAUUAUUUACUGAUAACUAGCAAUCUGAUUCUUCUUACCUGAAACUCUUCUAUUGAUAUUUACUUUAUCCGUAUUGAAAUUUUACCGGUUAAUUCUCGAGAGCCACGCAGAUUGCCUUCGUGGUGAAAGCUCCUCAGUUUGAGGUCCUUGAUAAUAAAUAAUGCCGAGAAUUUAAAAAAAAAAAAAUGAUAUUCUUUGUUCUUGAGUGAAAUAGCAUUACACCCAAUUAAAUACCAAUUCACCAAUUCGCGACGAAUAAGCAACACGAGAACUUCAGCUAAAGUGCUCGUAAACACAAAUAAAACGUUAACAAACCACAAAGAUGGCGCCGGAUUUUGUGAUGUCGACUUGAAACCUUUCCAUAGUUUUGUUUUUACU